AUGAAACGUCAUUCGACCACGAAUGAACUCUUUUUAUCACCCGUCAUUCAUCAUCGGAAACAACGAAAUCUACUUGAGCAGGAAGCUUUCAAUCAAAAUCAAUUCCUUCUUUCAAAAUAUCAACGAAAACAAACACAUUCAUUAUCAUCCUCCUCAUCAUACACUUCAUUAGAUUCUUAUCUGAAAGACUUUCAUCUUUCUCGCGAGGAUUUUCUUCAAUUACGAAAAGCACUUCAUACUGUCUUUCAAUAUCUCAGACAUAAUCAUCUUCUGGAACAUCGUUUAACGAGUCCGUACUUGCAAAACUCUGAACAAUCAUCUUUUCCUUUGUACACAAAUGAACAUUUCAUUCGUAAUGGUUUAUUAAACCAUAACGAUCGCCCAGAAAGUCGUCAUACUCACUUUCAAUCAGAUUCAUCACUAUCGUCCGUGGCAAUAUCCCCUGUAAAUCUCACUUUACCAUUGACACUUCUUUCGAAUCGACAGUAUCUCUUCAAUGCUUUAACAACUAAUUUCAUCAGCGACACAUCCCGACGAAGUCAAUCUAUUCUGACUUUUCAUCCGAAAGACAAUGAAAGGGAAUCAAUUGUUCUGCGACGUAACAAAGUACACGUAUGGAAAAGAGAUAAUCUGUUUGAACAAAGCUCGUCGAUUGUCGAAGAGAAAAGACAAGUUGACGGGCUUGAGGAUCAUCGAACAUCAUCAACAAGUCAGACAACGUCGCAAGAAACAUGCAGUCACAAUGUUGAAGAAGAAAAAAACAAAAAUCUUGCGGGAAUGAUGAUUACUGAUGAUUUAUUUCCGAUGAUAAAAACACUUGCUCCGUAUAUUGUCAUUCAAGAUACGAAUGCAAAAUUGUUCGCAACUAAAAAUAUCACUACCAGAACUAAUGAAAAACGUAAUCAACCUGUCAAUCAUCGACUGACAGAAAAGAAAAAACAAUCGGUUUGUCGUUCGGAAGGUCUCCGAACUAAACUUUUUUCUCUCAACGAUCAAUCACGUGAAAAGAAAAGAAAUUAUUUACUUGACGAAUUUGCAUCUGUUUUAACUCACAUAUCUAAAAGAUAA